AGUGGAUAAAAACUGAUUGAAUAGUAAUAUUUGCACAAGUGUUGAAUAUUGAAGUUGAGUUCAGUUUUGUUAAGUGUCUUCACAAGUGAAACGCAUUAAUAAUAUAAGAAAUAAUGGUCGGGAAGACAUCAACGCUUGGCUUUGAACAGACUUUGAUGUACGGUCAGUAUAGGGAAGAUUUGGGAGAAUACGCCAAAAAACAGGCACAAAAACUCAAUAGACUUCGAAAGAGAGAGCAAAAGAUAUUAACACAAAAAGCAUAUUUUUCAAUAUUCUGGAGACACACAUUUGCCCGCAUAGGUGAGGACUGGGUCUUUCUGGCACUGUUAGGAAUAAUCAUGGCUCUUUUGAGCUUUAUUAUGGAUUAUUGUAUACACAUUUGCACCAAAACCCGUCUUUGGCUCUACGAUGACUUGACGGGCGAUAAUAUAGUCUACAAAUACAUUGCGUGGACAACAUUACCCGUACUUUUAAUUUUAUUUUCUUCCGGAUUUGUUCACAUCGUGUCUCCACAGGCAGUCGGAUCAGGAAUACCUGAAAUGAAGACUAUAUUAAGAGGGGUUGUUCUCAAUGAAUAUCUGACGUUUCGUACAUUAGUCGCUAAAAUGAUAGAAUAUCUGAGUAAGGACAUGAAUCAUUUACUAAACUCUGGAUUAGGUCUGACCUCAACAUUAGGCAGUGGACUACCUCUGGGCAAAGAAGGACCGUUCGUUCACGUGGCCUCUAUAGUGGCGACUUUGCUCUCAAAACUGAUCACUUCAUUCAAAGGCAUUUAUGAGAACGAGUCCCGAACUGGAGAGAUGUUGGCCGCCGCCUGUGCUGUCGGUGCGUUCGUUCACGUGGCCUCUAUAGUGGCGACUUUGCUCUCAAAACUGAUCACUUCAUUCAAAGGCAUUUAUGAGAACGAGUCCCGAACUGGAGAGAUGUUGGCCGCCGCCUGUGCUGUCGGGGUGGCCUCCACUUUCUAUGCACCCAUCGGUGGUGUCUUAUUCUCAAUCGAAGUCACGUCAGUAUUCUUUGCCGUCAGGAACUAUUGGCGCGGAUUCUUUGCCGCCUGUUGUGGGGCAACCGUUUGGAGACUACUUGAGGUCUGGUUUAAAAAUGAAGAAGCAAUAACUGCUUUAUUCAAAACCAACUUCAGUGCGGACUUCCCUUUCGAUCCGCAAGAAUUGUUCGUUUUCUCUCUGAUCGGUGUAGUCUGUGGUUUUGGUGGCGCCGGUUAUGUCACUUUCCACCGAAAAAUUGUUAACUUUUUUCGGACGCAUAAAAAAUUGAGUGCAUUUUUGCAGAAAAACCGUUUUAUGUAUCCUGGUAUAAUUACAUUAUUCUUGACUACAAUUUCUUUCCCUUUAUUUCUGGGUCAAUAUAUGGCCGCAACGCUAUCGACUCAUGACUCAAUAAAUGAGAUGUUUAGUAACAUAACGUGGGGGCACAACCUCUCAGAUCCGUAUCGUUUGAAAAUGAAUAAGCAUUGGUCUACAGAACAUACUUCUAUUUAUUUUAAUCUUUCAUUUUAUAUAAUGAUGACUUUCUGGAUGUCUAUAUUAGCAUCAACUAUUCCUGUUCCAAACGGCACUUUCAUUCCAGUCUUCAAAAUUGGUGCCGCUUUUGGGCGAUUAGUUGGUGAAAUCAUGGCUCAAUUAUUUCCAUCUGGUAUUUCAUUUGGAGGUUCGAGAAACCCAAUAGUCCCGGGAGGUUAUGCAGUAGUCGGUGCAGCUGCUUUUUCAGGUGCUGUCACACACACUAUAAGCACUUCUGUGAUUGUGUUUGAGUUGACGGGACAGAUGACUCAUAUCAUACCCGUAAUCAUCGCCGUAUUGAUAGCAAAUGCAAUCUCACAAACACUAGAGCUGUCUAUUUAUGACUCAAUCAUUCAAAUAAAGAAACUCCCGUUCCUUCCGCCCAUUCUCAGUACAUCUUCAGCCGCACAUCAUAUUCACGUCGAGGACAUAAUGGUGCGAGAAGUGGCCUAUAUCUGGAAAGACUGCACAUAUGGUGAUCUCAAAGGCCUAUUGAAAGCGCACAGAAAACUGCAAUCCUUUCCAUUAGUAGAAGACAGCGAUUGUAUGAUUCUGUUGGGGUCUGUCCAGAGACAGGAGUUGUCACAUCUGGCCAGUCAGAGGCUCAGCAGAGAUCGGCGACUACAAGAAGUGAGGCGCAGGUAUUCAAUCCAAGACACCCUCCUUCAGGUCGCAGAGAGAGCGUCGGCCGUUUCAGAGGCGACGGCAACCAAAUCUCAGUCAUUGCCCUCAGAGAACACUAAUACUAAUAGCAUGUCUCGACGAAUGUCUCGUUUCGAAGUAACACCAGUACCUCAACAGUCACUCGAUGGCAGGUCUUCUCCGCCACCGACUAAUCGUUUGUCUCCUAAUAAAGGACCCGUCAAAUCCAUAUUAAAACAUACCGUUUCCUUCACAUAUUCACCACAUUCUACAGUUACUCUCACAGCACAAGAUUCACGUUUAAGGCAUGCGUUUGAAAACAUUUUCUUUAAAAGUCUUAAGCUUCAGGACGCAAAUCCUGAUAAGACCGGAAAGACAGAAAAGCCUGAGAUUGUGGUCCCUAACCAUCCAUUGCAUCGAAGGCCAAAGGAAAGAGUGAUAGAUAUGUCUCAAGAGGAACAGGCGGCCUGGGAGGAAGACCAGCUCAAUUCAAUGGUUGACUUCUCAAUGUGUCGUAUAGAUCCGGCGCCCUUCCAGUUGGUCGAGAAAACCACUUUACUUAAGGUUUACUCCAUAUUCUCGAUGUUAGGCCUAAAUCACGCUUACGUCACAUCCAUCGGAAGGCUGGUCGGAGUCGUGGCCCUUAAAGACGUACGGAUUUUGCGAACGGCUAUCGAGCAAAUGAAUCAGGGAGUACUGGUGCCCCAAAACCCUACCGGGCCUUCAAUUAUAAUCAAUGGACAAGAAUCGGAUCUGCACUACGAGGACACCAUCACAUCCGUAGCCACCAAUGACUCGGAAAUGACUCGACAAAGUGAUAAAGAUAUUGAAACAAACAGUGUUUAACCAAAUGAAUAGUUAGUUUUGUAAAUAUAUUCCGAAUUCACGAAUCAAUUGCCAAAAGAGUAAACUAAUGAUAAAGCGCUCAAAGUUUGCAUCUUUUGAAAACCUGUGUUAUUGACAAAAAAGACAAAACAUUUAUUUUCAUUGAAUGCAAUAUUUUUCCACAGUAUUAUUAUUCUCAUAGAAUUUAUUUAAAA